AUGGCGAAAUUUAUCCACAUCCUGGUGAUGUUUUUACUCAUCAUGGUGAAAAUAACCCUAAUCAUGGUGAAAAUUCGUAUCAUGGUGAAAAUUCUCAUCAUUGCAAAAAUUCUUAUCAUUGCGAAAAUUCUCAUCAUUGCGAAAAUUCCCUUCAUCGUGGUGAAAAUUCUCAUCAUGAUUAUGGUGAAAAUUCCCCUCAUGGUGAAAAUUCUCAUCAUCAUGGUGGUGAAAAUUCUCAUCAUGGUGGAAACUCUUCAUAUUAGAGAGUGCAUCCACACGUUCCCCCGUCUGACGCUGACGCACUCAUGUCCGGGGUUAACUAGGCCGCGCGUUAAAACCUUCGGCGCGGCCGCUAGCUCAUCGGGUCCAAAAACUAAGGGCCCAAAAUCCAAGGGUUCAAAAUCCAAGGGUUCAAAAUCCAAGGGUCCAAAAUCCAAGGGUCCAAAAUUCAAGGGUCCAAAAUCCAAGGGUCCAAAACCCAAGGGUCCAAAACUCAAGGGUCCAAAACCCAAGGGUCCAAAAUCCAAGGGUCCAAAAUCCAAGGGUCCAAAAUCCAAGGAACAAAAUCCAAGGGAUCGAAAUCCAAGGGUCCAAAAUCCAGGGUCCCAAAUCCAGCGUCUGGGAUUCGAGCGUGCACUAGUUUUGCGUACCAGCGCAGGACACACAGCACUCUGCCAGGCGAAAAUAGAGGACAUCCUGGAGGACAUCCUGGAGGACAUCGUGGAGGACAUCGUGGAGGACAUCGUUGAGGACAUCGUUGAGGACAUCCUGGAGGACAUCGUGGAGGACAUCGUGGAGGACAUCCUGGAGGACAUCCCGGAGAACGUCCUGGAAAUUUGUAGUGUGCAGACAGUUAUCAGCGCCUUCCUGAUUGACGGCGAGGAGCAGGACACGCACUUCUGCCUGCGCUGCCGCCGCACCAUCGAGGGCCUCGACGAGUACGUGCAGCACCGCGACGCCGACGGCUGGCGGUUCCCGCCGCGGACGCACACGGGCGGCAAGUGGCGGCCGCAGACGCCGCGCCUCGACGACGAGGUGCUCUCGACGACGCCGCCGCCGGACGCUGGCGGCAAAUGGGGCCCGCCGCGGACCCACACGGGCGGCAAGUGGACGCCGCAGACGCCGAGCGACGUCCCCGACGACGACAAGGAGGUGCUCCUGACCGACGCGGCGCCGCCGCCGCCGAACGCGGGCGGCAAGUGGGGGCCGCCGCCCACGCACACGGGGGGCAAGUGGACGCCGCGCGCCGAGCCCGGCGAGGACGAGCACUGCGACGAGCAGGACUUCCCCCCGCCCGGCCACACCCGGGGCAAGUGGGCGCCGGGCAUGGCCAACAAGGUCCGUGCCCUGCUCGAGCCCUCCGCGCCCGCCGCGGUGCGCAAAUCGGGCAGCACGGUCCAGUACUGGUGCGGGUCCUGCAACCGGCGCCUGGCCAGCAGCAAGAUGUACGAGCGCCACCUGCAGUCCGAGCUGCACUCCCGACGCACCCUCCCGGAGCGCCAGCUCGACAUGCGCCCAGGCCGCCCAGGCGACAUGCGCCCAGGCGACGGUCCGGAGCGGCCGGGCUUCGGCCUCGGCGCCGGAGACGCCGCGGCCCCGGCGACGCCAGGACGCCGUCAGGGCCGCCGCCGAGGACACCGCCAGGGGCUGGAGCGGUGCUCGGUGUGCCGCGCGCGCGUGCAGCGCCACCAGGUGGGCAAGCACCUCGUGUCGCACUUCCACUGGCGCAGCACGCGCAGCACGGCCGUGGGCUCCGCGGCGGCCGCCCUCAUCCUGGACAACAUCGAGGCCGUGGUGCGCCAGUCGCCCUUCCAGUGCGGCCUCUGCAAGUUCUACUGCAACUCGUCCGAGGCCUUCCGCCAGCACUGGGCCUCGGCCUCGCACCGCCUCAAGGACGAGCAGGCCGCCGCCGCGGACGGCCAGUACUGGUGCUCGCCGUGCGAGGUGGGCGCCGAGUCGUCGCUCGACAUGGAGGCCCACCUGUGGGGGGAGGAGCACCGCGAGGUGGAGGCCGCCGUCAACAGGAGCGUGGCCGUGGUCGUGUCCCGCAGGACGGCGCUGCGCUGCAAGGCGGCGGGGUGUCCCGCCGCGUUCCGGUACAACGCGCAGCUCGGCCGCCACGAGAGGCAGUCCGGGCACCGCGGUCCCGGGGCGCUGCCGGGGCUGCCGUCGUCCUCCACGCCCUGCGCGUCCACGGCCGGCGACCGCUACCAGUGCCGGUACCGGUGCAAGGGCUGCGGCGCCCUGCGUCGGUCGCGCCUCGCGCUGCAGAAGCACAUGCUCAAGUGCACCAGCCAGGUGGGUGGCAGGCUGAAAGCUCUCCGUGGCAACUACUACUGCGGCGUCUGCUCUCUCAACUUCCCGACGGCGGCCUCGGCGGCUCAGCACCGCCUGGGCCAAGCGCACCGCGACGCGGUCCGGGACCGCCGGCUGGGCAGGGCCGGCAGGGCCACGGCGUCGGGGCGGCCGCUCCGCCGGUGCCCGCACUGCCGCGAGCAGUGUCGCGGCCUCGCGGCGCUGCGGCUCCACUUGGACGACAAGCACCCCGACAGGAAGCACCGGUGCGCGCUGUGCGGCCUGGCCUUCACGCUGCCGCAGGAGGUGUCUCGGCACCACCGCGACGUCCACGCCGCCGCACUGGCCGCCACGCCGAGCGGCGACGCCGCCACGGGCGCCGCGCUGCUGCUGCCGGCCGUGGGCGAGCAGCCCCCCUUCAGCUGCCGGACCUGCUUGUUCGUGACGGACUCCAGGGCCGAGCUGGUGUUCCACGGCGUGCUGCACGGGCCGCCCGAGCUCGUCGCGCAGCCGGAGGUCGCCGAGGACGGCGGCGGCGACGCCCCGGACCCCGCGGCCGCGCGGUACCGCUGCCCGUUCUGCAGGCGACUGUACCGCAAGCCCGCCCUGCGGACCCACCUCCACGUCCACACGGGGGAGCGGCCCUUCCGCUGCCGGCACUGCGACAAGGGCUUCAGCCGCAAGGACUCGUGCGUGACGCACGAAGUGACGGCGCACGUGCUCGUCGACCGGGACGGCCGGGACGGCGGCCUGGAGGACGACGAGCACCUGCAGCGCGAGGAGCAGCGCCUCCAGGACGCCAUAUCGUCCAUCGUGGACGACGGCGCGGCGAGGACGCCGCCGACGGUGACGGCGUCGACGGCGGCGCGGCCCACCAGGAGGACGCCAACCAGUGGCGGCGCGGACCAACGCGAGCGGAAGCACCUGUGCGACGUGUGCGGAAAGUGCUUCUUCAACAAGGCGACGCUGCGCCAGCACCAGGUGUCCCUGCACGGCGUCAAGCCGCUGGCGUGCUCCUGGCCCGGCUGCGCGGUCCGGGCGCGGUCCGCCGCGGAGCUGCGCUCGCACCUCGCCACCCACGCGCAGGCCGCGGGGCAGCCCGCCUUCCAGUGCACCGCCUGCCCCUUCCGCGCCCGCACCAAGCAGCUCCUCAAGAGGCACGAGAAGAUCCACACCGGCGAGAAGGCGUACAAGUGCGAGCAUUGCGACUUCGCGACGCGCGUGGGCUCCCACCUGUUGAGGCACCGCCGCCUGCACACGGGCGCCAAGCCCUUCUGCUGCCCGCACUGCAGCUACCGCUGCAACAACCUGGAAAACCUGCGCAAGCACGUCCUGCAGACCAACAAGCACCCCGGCAAGAGCAUGUACGAGUGCCGCUUCUGCGCCGAGGCUGGCGCCGGCGCCUUCGCCACCAACCUGGCGACGGAGUUCCGGGGCCACCUCGCCAGCGAGCACGGCGACGUGUUCCGGAGCGCCGCGUCCGCCGCGUCCUUCGUCGCCGGCAUCUACGACAAGGAGGCCGACACGGCGGCCGUCGUGUCCGAGACCCCCGUGUCCGGGACCGUCGCUGACGGCGUCGUGGAGGGUCAUGUCCAGAGUGGCGGCGCCCGGGCCAAGACGGCACGCAGUAAACGCCGGAAGGACUGCAAGGACGCGAAGCAGGGCGUCGGCGCGACCGAAGCCGUCCUUGACCUGGGCUUGGGGCCCGCGGAUCCUUCGAUGUCCGUGAUCGCCAUGCCCUCGGUCGAGGAGGACCUGCCCACCUCGCUCCUGCCCAAGCACGCGCUGCUGGACAGCGAACUGUUCCCCCUGGUGGUGACGGACCCCGACGCGGCGCAGGACGUCGUGUACGUGCAGCUGGAGGACAUCGACGGCGGCAUCGUGGUCGUCAACGCCUGAGUCAAAGUCUCAAUGAGAAAGCUGGAUCAUUAAAGACUGAUUUUGUAA